UCUGUAGGUGGCGGUCAUGCCCCAUAAUGUUAGUGGCCAGCCGCCAUGAAAAACCAAGAAGAAGAAGAACACGUCAUCAAGGUCACGUGACGGCUCUAGCCGCCGGGUUGAACUUCCUGUUUAGCUAUUUUUUCAAAUCAUAAAUAAAUUCGCUUCUUCUGCUUUCACGUGGUUGAGUUUGCGGUUUAUCGUGUGAAACGACCGAUUAAUCGUUGGUUUGGCAGCUGUGUUUGAAACUGCGUUUGGAAAAACAAAGCAGUUUAUCAGCAGCGAAACCAACAUCUCAGCUAAUGUGUCGUUUCGCUCUGUUUGUUUUUCAAGUUAAAGUUCAUCGUAUUUAACUUCCGGUGUGUGUUGUAUAGAAAAUGGCGGCUAUGCUCUCAGCUCAGCUCGUUUCUUUUUCUUGUUUUUCUGCUGCUGCUUCUUCUUCUUCUUCUUCUCUGAGGAGAUGUGGAUCAGUGGUGCGUUCACGAACCGCAGCUCUGAGCGGCGUCCGGCACAGAAACUACAGCAGCAAAGACGAGUGUUUACACCGGAGUUUGGUCCCAACAAUGCACUAUCAGAAGAGUUUACCCAGGCUACCUGUACCAAAACUGGAGGAUACAAUGAGGAGAUAUUUAGCUGCACAGCGGCCUCUGCUGGAUGAUGACCAGUACAGAACCACAGAGAAGCUGGCUCAGGAUUUCCAGAGUGGAGUUGGAAAACAGCUGCAUGAAGAACUGGUGAUUCAAGAUAAAAACAACAAGCACACGAGCUACAUCUCAGGUCCGUGGUUCGACAUGUACCUCUCUGCUCGAGACUCCGUGGUGCUGAACUUUAACCCCUUCAUGUCCUUCAACCUCGACCCGAAGCCCGAGUACAACGAGCAGCUGGUGCGGGCGACGAACGUGGUGUGUUCGGCCGUGCGCUUCAUGAAGACGCUCCGCGCCGGACUCCUGGAGCCCGAGGUUUUCCACCUGAACCCGGCUAAGAGCGACACGGACGGCUUCAAGAGGUUCAUCCGCUGGGUUCCGUCGGCUCUGUCGUGGUACGGCGCCUACAUGGUGAACGCGUACCCACUGGACAUGUCGCAGUACUUCCGCCUCUUCAACUCGACGCGCGUUCCGAAGCGCGGGCGAGACGAGCUCUUCACUGAUCAGGGAGCGAGACACCUGUUAGUCAUGAGGAACAGGAACAUGUACGUGUUUGACAUCGUGGACCGUGACGGGAAUUUAGUGAAGCCUGCAGAGAUCCAGUCGCACCUGAAGUACAUUUUGUCUGACCCGACGCCAGCACCUGCCUUUCCUCUGGGGGCGCUGACGAGUGAGAACAGGGACGUGUGGGCGGGGCUCAGGGAAAAGCUCUCCGCUGCGGGAAACGCAGAAAGCUUGCACCUCGUGGACAGCGCGGUUUUCUGCCUCUGCCUGGACGACGAGAACAUGCGUGACCACAUUCACAUCUCGCACAACAUGCUCCACGGCGACGGCUGCAACCGCUGGUACGACAAGUCCUUCAGCGUCAUCGUCGCCAAAGACGGACAGGCGGCCAUUAACUUCGAGCACUCGUGGGGCGACGGCGUGGCCGUGCUCCGCUUUCAGAACGAGAUCUUCAAAGACACCACGGAGCAGCCGCUGGUCCACCCGGGGUCUGUCGCUGCCACCGCGGUGGACUCGGCCUCCGCCGUGCGCAGGCUGACCUUCAGUCUGGACGGCGAGCUGGAGGACGGCAUCAAAAAAGCGAAGGAGAACUUUGACGCGGCGGUGUCGAAGCUCACCAUCGACGCCAUGGAGUUCAAGAAGGGCGGGAAGGAGCGGCUGAAGAAGAACAAGCUGAGUCCUGACGCCGUGGCUCAGCUGGCGUUUCAGAUGGCUUUCCUGAGGCAGUACGGACAAACGGUGGCCACGUACGAGUCGUGCAGCACCGCCGCGUUCAAGCACGGCCGCACGGAGACCAUCCGCCCGGCUUCGUUAUACACCAAGCGGUGUUCGCACGCCUUCGUUCACGAGGCAGGCGAACACAGCGUGCAGCAGCUCCAGGCCAUGCUUGGCGACUGCUCCAAAUAUCACGGGCAGCUCACGAAGGAGGCAGCGAUGGGUCAAGGGUUUGACCGUCACCUCUUUGCUCUGCGGUACCUGGCCAACUCACGGGGUCAAACCCUGCACAGCCUUUACUCUGACCCCGCCUAUGCCGCCAUCAACCACAACAUCCUGUCCACCAGCACCCUCACCAGUCCCGCCGUCAGCCUUGGCGGCUUCGCACCAGUGGUGCCCGAUGGGUUCGGCGUGGGAUACGGCGUCCACGACGACUGGAUCGGCUGUAAUGUGUCCAGCUACCCGUCUCGCAACGUCCACGAGUUCCUGCAGUGUGUCCACAAGUCUUUAGAGGACAUUUUCACCGUCCUGGAGGGGAAACCACUCAGUUAGGAAGGUUAAAAGGAUAGUUUUUUUUUUUUUUGAAGUGCUGGAGAAAACAGAUUUUAGUCACUUGAGUUGUUGAAUAAAAUCAACGUGUACAAUAAA